AUGGCUGACGAACGUGAAGAGAGCACCCGCUUGUACGGCCCUCCAAAAAUCACAGUUGUACCUCAUGGGGGCCAAGAGGAUGGACCGCCGUUGUUGCACACAAGUCGUGUUCCGGGUCAAGGUGAGGCGGCUGCCCACACUCAGCUUGAGUGA